AUGACUUCGCCCAUCCCCGGCAACGCCCACUCGUCCUUCCCGUCCGAUAUCGCGCCCACGUGGUCUGCGCGCAGCUCCAGACAAGGCUCCGACGCGGGCUCCCAGCCGAUUGCGAUCCUGCGCAAGAACUCCCAAACAAAAAGCUCCAUCAAAACGCUCGUUGCGUCUCCCGUGGGCCCGCCUGUCCCUUUCCAGCAGUUCUUGUUGAAGGAGGACGACAAGAAAGUCCAUAUCUUGUUGGCCUGUACUGGCAGUGUUGCCACAAUCAAGGUCCCGUUGAUUAUCGACAGGCUCUUCCAGAUCUUCGGAACUAGCAAGAUCUCGGUCCAGUUGGUCGUCACCAAGUGCGCGGGCCACUUCCUAAGGGGGUUGAAGAUACGGAAGGACGUCAAGAUCUGGAGAGACGAGGACGAGUGGGCCAAUUUCCUAGAGUGGAACUUGAACCCAGCACCCGUGCUGUCCACCGGCGAGCUCAAGAAGCAAAAGAACCCGCACGAAAGGACGAUUUUGCAUAAUGAGUUGCGUAAAUGGGCAGAUAUCAUGCUCUUGGCCCCCCUCAGCGCCAACACUCUAGCCAAAAUCGCCAACGGAAUAUCGGACAACUUGCUCACGUCCAUAGUGAGGUCCUGGGGUGUGCUACAGGGUGUUGGGGGAGUAUCUGCUCCGACAAAGCCUGUCUUAGUUGCACCCGCAAUGAACACGUUCAUGUAUACACACCCGUUGACUAGCAAGCAGUUGAAGGUCCUAGCGUCAAACGAAGAAGGGUUUGGAAUGGAAAUCUUGAAACCCGUCGAAAAGGUCUUGGUUUGUGGAGACAUCGGCAUGGGUGGCAUGAGGGAAUGGCUGGAUAUCGUGGACACUAUGAGAAAAAGAAUCAAGGCGAUUUUUGCAGAGAGACAGGCGGUGGAGGGAGUGCCUUUGUCACUUGACGAAAGGGAUGAUGAAGAUGGCGACGAAGAUGACGAAGAUAAGAAUCACGAUGAUGAUGAAGAAGAUGAUGACGACGAUGACGACGAUGAUGACGAUGACGACGAUGACGAUGAUGACGAUGACGACGACAAUGAUAAUAGUGGUGAACAGUGUGACACUGGGAGCAAAUCUCGAGACGCCGACGAUGGCGUUUUUGGCCCUGCCGACGAGGAAGAAGAGAAAGGCCCGGAUUUGCGUCAAAAGGAUUAG